CGGCAGCUGCUGCCGGGGCUGAAGAACAUGUCCUUCUUUCCCUUGUUGCGCCUUUUCCGGGACUUGGGGCGCCGGAGCCGUCCGGUGCUCCUGGGGUCCCGCCUCUUCGGAGUUGUGAGGCCCGAGGUGGUCUCCAGCAAGGAGCAUCUGCAGAAGCUGAGGCGGAAGACGGGUUACUCCUUCACCAACUGUAAGAAAGCGCUGGAAACUUGUGGCGGGGACCUGGCCCAGGCAGAAGCUUGGCUACAUAAGCAGGCCCAGAAGGAAGGAUGGAGCAAAGCUACUAAACUUCAGGGUAGAAAAACUAAAGAAGGGCUGAUUGGAUUGUUACAAGAAGGAAAUUCAGCUGUAAUGGUAGAGGUGAACUGUGAGACAGAUUUUGUUUCUAGAAAUUUAAAGUUUCAACAACUGGUCCAGCAAGUGGCCCUGGGAACCAUGCUGUAUUGUCAGAGCCUUAGGGAACAGCUCUCCACAUACAGGAAGGGUUUUCUAGAGACAGCUGAACUUUCUCAGCUUAGAGUUGGACCUGAUAGAGAAGACUCUCUCAAGGACCAGUUGACAUUAUUUAUUGGCAAACUGGGAGAAAAUUUGACUCUUAAGCGAGCUGCAUGGGUGACUGUACCAAAUGGAUUCUACAUUGGUUCCUAUGUUCAUGGAGCAAUGCAUAGCCCUUCUCUCAGUAACAUGGUGCUUGGAAAAUACGGUGCACUCGUCAUCUGCCAGACAACUGAAGAGAAACCAAACCUUCAAGACGUUGGCCGACGACUUGGUCAGCAUGUUGUGGGAAUGGCUCCUCUAUCUGUAGGCUCAGUGGAUGAUGAGCCUGGUGGAGAAGAGGAAACAAAGAUGCUUGCUCAGCCCUAUUUACUGGAUCCCAGCAUCACUUUGGGACAGUAUGUAAAGCCCCUGGGUGUGUUGGUGGUAGAUUUCUUGCGAUUUGAAUGUGGAGAAGAUUUAAGAACAACAAAAACAGAAUAGACUCCAAAGACUUUCUAGACCUCCUGAGGAGAUUGGUUUGAUCACUGUUUUAGUAAUACAUGUAAGCUAUAUUUCUCUGCAUAUAUGGUAAAACUGAAAAGGUAAUUCCACGUAGCAGAUCUAAUAAAGAUGAUUUCCUCCUUGUA